AUUCAAGUUCAGGAAAAUGAAACCGUUCAGCAAGUCACUGCUGAUGAAAAUGAAUUACAAGAAAUUGUUUUAUCUCUACCAUCAUCAUCAUCAUUGGCAGGAUAUCGGUUAAAUCCUGUAGAAUUUGAGAAGGAUGACGAUACAAAUUUCCAUAUGGAUUUUAUCACUGCUGCUUCUAAUCUACGAGCCGCUAACUACGCUAUUCAACCUGCUGACCGUCAUAAGACCAAGUUCAUUGCUGGUAAAAUUAUACCGGCUAUCGCUACAACAACUUCAUUGGUAACCGGAUUAGUUUGUCUAGAAUUAUAUAAAAUUAUUGCGGGAAAAAAUAAGUUGGAGGAUUACAAAAAUGGUUUUGUGAAUUUAGCUUUACCGUUUUUUGGAUUCUCUGAUCCUAUUGCCAUGCCAAAAUAUAAG